CGAGCCUCGGGGUUCCUUAGCUGGUCGAGGCCGAGUCAGUGUCAGUCAGGGAGGGAGACUGCUGAGCACUGGGUGCGGACGCUCCAUUGCAGUCUUGCCCAGGGGUCGGUGCUUGCGCUCGCGCCGCCGGGUGGGAAGAAUGAAGCCGCAGCUAAAGCAGCCACCCUAUGAUUGGCUGUGGCGCUUGUGAACCCGAAGUAAAGAUGGCGGGCGGGCAGGCAGUCGCCGCACUGCCCACUUGGAAGAUGGCGGCGCGCCGCAGCCUCAGCGCCCGCGGCCGGGGGGUCCUGCAGGCGGCGGCGGGCCGGCUGUUGUCGCUGCUAUUGCUGAGCUGCUGCUGCGGCGCGGGCGGCUGCGCAGCGGCCGGCGAGAACGAGGAGACUGUGAUCAUCGGGCUGCGGCUGGAGGACACGAACGACGUGUCGUUCAUGGAAGGGGGGGCGCUGCGGGUGAGCGAGCGGACCCGGGUCAAGCUGCGGGUGUACGGGCAGAACAUCAACAACGAGACGUGGUCCCGCAUCGCCUUCACCGAGCACGAGCGGCGCCGCCACAGCCCUGGCGAGCGCGGGCUGGGGGGCCCCGUGCCGCCAGAGCCGGACAGCGGCCCCCAGCGCUGCGGCAUCCGCACCUCAGAUAUCAUCAUCUUGCCCCACAUCAUUCUGAACCGCCGUACAUCGGGCAUCAUCGAGAUCGAGAUCAAACCGCUGCGCAAGAUGGAGAAGAGCAAGUCCUAUUACCUGUGCACAUCGCUUUCCACGCCAGCCCUGGGUGCCGGCGGCCCGGGGUCCACGGGUGGCACCGUCGGGGGAAAGGGUGGCGCAGGGGUUGCUGGGCUCCCCCCACCUCCGUGGGCCGAGACCACCUGGAUUUACCACGACGGCGAGGACACCAAGAUGAUCGUGGGCGAGGAGAAGAAGUUCCUGCUGCCCUUUUGGCUGCAGGUGAUCUUCAUUUCGCUGCUGCUGUGCCUGUCGGGCAUGUUCAGUGGCCUCAAUCUGGGUCUCAUGGCCCUGGACCCGAUGGAGCUGCGCAUCGUGCAGAACUGCGGCACGGAGAAGGAGAAGAAUUACGCCAAACGCAUCGAGCCUGUGCGCAGGCAGGGCAACUACCUGCUGUGCUCGCUGCUGCUGGGCAACGUGCUGGUCAACACCACGCUCACCAUCCUACUCGACGACAUCGCCGGCUCAGGCCUCGUGGCUGUGGUGGUCUCCACCAUCGGCAUCGUCAUCUUCGGGGAGAUCGUGCCCCAAGCCAUCUGUUCCCGGCAUGGCCUGGCAGUAGGAGCCAACACCAUCUUCCUCACUAAGUUUUUCAUGAUGAUGACCUUCCCCGCCUCUUACCCGGUCAGCAAGUUGCUGGACUGCGUCCUCGGCCAGGAGAUAGGUACCGUCUAUAACCGGGAAAAACUGCUGGAAAUGCUCCGGGUCACUGACCCCUACAACGACCUGGUCAAGGAGGAGCUGAACAUUAUCCAAGGAGCACUGGAGCUCCGCACCAAGACAGUAGAGGACGUGAUGACUCCCCUUCGGGACUGCUUCAUGAUCACCGGAGAGGCCAUCCUGGACUUCAACACCAUGUCGGAAAUCAUGGAGAGCGGCUACACUCGAAUUCCAGUAUUUGAAGGAGAGCGCUCCAAUAUCGUGGACCUGCUCUUUGUCAAAGAUUUGGCCUUCGUGGAUCCAGAUGACUGUACUCCAUUGAAAACCAUCACCAAAUUUUAUAACCAUCCCUUGCACUUUGUUUUCAAUGACACCAAGUUGGACGCUAUGCUGGAAGAAUUUAAGAAAGGUAAAUCUCACCUGGCUAUUGUGCAGCGGGUGAACAAUGAGGGAGAAGGGGAUCCAUUUUAUGAAGUUCUGGGAAUUGUCACCUUAGAAGAUGUGAUUGAAGAAAUCAUCAAAUCUGAGAUUCUAGAUGAAACAGAUUUAUACACCGAUAACAGAACGAAAAAGAAAGUGGCCCACCGUGAAAGAAAGCAAGAUUUUUCUGCCUUUAAGCAGACAGACAGCGAGAUGAAGGUUAAAAUAUCACCGCAGCUUCUCCUGGCCAUGCACCGUUUCCUAGCAACAGAAGUAGAAGCAUUUAGCCCAUCCCAGAUGUCAGAGAAGAUCCUUCUAAGGCUGCUAAAGCACCCCAAUGUCAUCCAGGAACUGAAGUAUGAUGAGAAGAACAAGAAAGCCCCAGAGUACUACCUCUACCAGCGCAACAGACCUGUAGACUACUUCGUUCUCAUUCUUCAGGGGAAAGUGGAAGUGGAAGCUGGGAAGGAGGGGAUGAAGUUUGAAGCAAGUGCUUUCUCGUACUAUGGCGUCAUGGCCCUUACAGCCUCUCCAGGUGAAAAUAAGUCACCUCCUCGCCCAUGUGGCUUAAAUCACUCAGACUCUCUCAGUCGAAGUGACCGGAUUGACGCAAUAACACCAACGCUGGGGAGCAGUAAUAACCAGCUCAAUUCUUCAUUUCUGCAAGUCUACAUCCCUGAUUACUCAGUGCGAGCCCUUUCCGACCUUCAGUUUGUCAAGAUCUCAAGACAGCAAUACCAAAAUGCCUUGAUGGCAUCCCGGAUGGACAAAACCCCUCAGUCUUCAGACAGUGAAAACACUAAAAUUGAAUUGACUCUUACGGAGCUGCAUGAUGGGUUGCCAGAUGAGACGGCCAACCUGCUCAAUGAACAGAACUGCGUGACACACAGCAAGGCCAAUCACAGCCUGCACAACGAAGGCGCCAUCUAGGGGUGCCUACACUGGCCCUCCUUGACCGUCCCCCCCCCUGAGGCUCUGGCCUCUGUCAGACCAUGACUUCAUUAGUAUGAGCUUGUCUGCCAUGCUGCGUCCUGCAACAUUCUGAGACCAAAGACUUUGUCCCCUUCCUGGAAGCCGCAGAGGACAGCAAGAGAAGGAAUGGGAAACUAGAGAUGAGAAAGCGACAGCUGGGGCAUGGUGUUUAAGAUUUUGGAGAUGAACUUCUUCGCCCAAAUAGAAUCAUGUUUAUUUUUUCAGCUGUACCUUUUAUCAUUUACUCACUCUCCUCCCUCAAUUUGCAUGAAGUUGAAAAUUGUUGCAAUUUAUUUUUUCAAGAGAUCAUGUUUUUCAAAAGUGUCUUUUGCAGAGUUUUAACUUGUUCUGUCUGAACUCUGCUGUGGUCCCAUGAUGUGACCCUAAUAGGAUGGACUUGCCCUCAAGUGGCCUGCCGUGGCCUUCCCAGGGAGGGACACCCUUCCUCUGUGCCCCAGUGGAUGUCGCUGUCGAACUUGAUGGAUGAAUGAAGAAAACCGUGUCACUGCAGAACCUGCCAAGUCUGUCGUCACUGUGGGGUGUGGCAUGCAGAGGGACCUGUGGUCGGUCGCCUCUCUGUGCUCAGUGUUGUUUUUGAGAAUUUAAUGUUUAACCAUGCCCCUUUCCCUCAGGAAGGUUUAACGUUUGCUUGGGAAUGUGAUUUUGCUCCCACCCUAAGGAAUUUUUAUCACCAAAAUGAAUGUUAAUGAAUUUUAAA